AUGAGAAUCCGUAUCCGGGACCCCACUGGCAAGUCGUCAAUCAUCAGUCUGGGCAACUCUGCGACGAUCGAGACCUUGAGAGAAGCCAUCACUACUGAGACGAGUCUCACCUCUUUUGAGAUCAAAUAUGGGUUUCCUCCAAAGACUCUCGAUCUCAAUCAGUAUCCCCCCGCUAGCAUUCUUUCCGAACUCGAUGUUAAGCUAAAUGGAGAGCAACUCAUCGUGAACAACAUCUCUCCUUCGGCCUCGCAACAGAAAUCCGAAGCUGCAAGGCAACCUACAUCGCCAAAAGAGAAACAUGGGUCUUCUCAAUCGCCCUCGACGGCAGCCCAGCCCAAGUCCAAACCAAAGCCACAACAACCAGCCGCAGCUCCUCUUUCACUUUCACGGAAGAAGAAUCCGGCCAUGGACGAUCCACCUGAAGUAUUCAUGCCAGAAGUUGGCGGAACCCUUGUAUUGCGAAUCAUGCCAGACGACAACUCUUGCCUGUUUCGAGCAGUGGCUUCAGCCGCAAUCUCCGAAUUGGAUGCUGUGACAGAAUUGAGAUCGGUGAUUGCACAGACGAUCCACCACAACCCUGAGAAAUAUUCAAAAGCCAUUCUUGACGACAAAGAGCCAGAAGCAUACUGCCGGUGGAUCCAAACAGAGGAUGCGUGGGGUGGCCAAAUCGAGCUUGAUAUCCUAAGCCAACAUUUUGACAUUGAGAUUUGCAGUAUUGAUGUGCAAACAUUACGUGUGGAUAGAUACAACGAGCAAGCUUCUAGACGUUGCUUUGUGGUAUACUCGGGGAUACACUAUGAUACUAUCGCGCUGAGCCCUUUCGAAAAUCCGGUACCAGAACAAGAUAUCAAGCAGUUCCCUGCGCCCUUGUCGGAUGAAAUUCUACAGUCAGCGGUGACCUUGUGUGAGAGGUUGCAAGCGAGGCAUUAUUACACCGACACAGCAGGUUUUCAGCUCAGAUGCAAUGACUGUGGGGCAACAUGUAUUGGCGAGGCAGGAGCCACCAAACACGCAGAACGAACCGGCCAUUAUAACUUUGGAGAGGCCAGUUAA